AGCUCAUGUCAACCACCUCCUGGGUUGUGCUGCUGCUGGUUGCUUCCUUGGGACUCGCGUCGGGAACCGAUGAUGCUAAGGCCCAGCUGCACAAGAUAGCUCAAGACAAGAUCACCCAGCAUAUCUCGUCUGUUGUCCAUUCAGCUCCUUCUCCUGUGCACGGGUCAUCGACGCCGGAGCUGCAUCCGACAGUCUCCUCUCGCGCUGGACCAUCAAGCCUGGGGACCAACGACGACGACGACGACGACGAGCCUGGGCUGUCGAUGGAUGGAAGCGUCGGCAACGUCGGAGGGACUUACGGAGUGAUGAAGCACUUCGGGUCGGCGCUGGGCCUGAACAAGCUUGUGGCGAAGAACCAGAAGGACGAGAAGGCGAAGCCCGUGGCUAAGGCGUUGACGCAGUGGAUCAAGGCCAAAGAUCCGAAGACUGCAUGGAGCAAUGCGAUCGGUAUCGUGGGGUGCAUCGGAGGAACUGUGAUCUGUAUUACAGCGGUCGGGACUUACUUCAUUGCGAAAGCUGAGAACAAGAAGCUGAAGAAAGCAAAGAAGCAGUCGAACCUGCUCGGGGGAAGGUAUGGCGCCGUGAAGAAGGAGGCUGACUCUGAUGAUGAGCCUGCCCCUCAGUAUGAGCCGAUGCAGAUGACGGACAUCGUCUAGUGGACUGUGAAGAGAUCAGCAAACUUGGGUCGUCCAUGCAUCGUCCAUGGACAAGGGCGGUCUGCUCCGCAAGGAACCAGCGAUGCUGCUCCAGCCGUUCGAGCCUUUCUCCACCUCCUCCUCCUACUCCUCCUACUCCUCCUACUCCUCAUCCUCAAGAAGUUCUCUCAAUACAAUCGAACUGCCCCCACCA